UCCAUGGAGUCCCCGCCGGAGCAGACCGCCGCGGGCCAGCGUUCGCGCUCUCUCUCGCCAGAGCAGCUGCUGACGCCCUACACGGAGAGCACCGUCUUCAGCCUGUCCCGCUUCAAGACUCUCGGAGAGCACAGCAUCCCCCACGGCACUUGUGAGCUCUACUGGCACGCCAUUCUCUUUAUGACCACUGGGGGCAGCGUGCUGUUUGGCGGGCUGCUGCUGAGUGGAUUGUAUUUCGCCGGGUACUCCAGGCUGGCCACCAACAUCCUGGGCCCCGCCCUGAUCUCAAUUGGUCUGAUGGUGCUGGUGGUGGGCGUGGUUUUGGUGCCAAUCACCCGGGAGAUGCAAGAGCAGAGUUCUGUGAAGAAGUUCUGCAGCUCCUACCGACCUCAGUACCACGUGUAAUACAACCCGGGCCUGUAGCAGAAGCCGGGAUGGUAACAGAACCCGCUAGCACCCAGGUCGGCUGGUCCUGAGAGUUACGCUGCUGCAGAUGUCUGUGCAGGCUCACCUGC